GUUUGUAGUUUAUUUCAAUCGCACCCCUUGUUUUUCCAUUUCGCUUGAUUAAUUCCGAGAUAUGGGUAAGCUUAAUUCUCCAUUAAUUCUUCGUUCAAUUGUUAAUGGUGGAAAGAUUUUUUCUAAUUUCCACUCUUCUUCUCGGAAAACGAUUGCUACCCACAUCGAAGGUUUAAAUAAGAACACCAUGUCUGUAAGGGGUAAGCGAAACAAGUAUUAUAGUUUCGUUAAUGUUGGUGAUGCUUUGAUUUUGUUUGAUGAGAUGAUUCACAAGUACCCUAGGCCUUCAAUUGUGGAGUUCACUCAGCUAUUAGGAGCAAUUGUUAGAAUGAAACAUUAUUCCGUAGUUGUUUCUAUGUGUAGCCGGAUGGAACUAUCGGGAGUUCCCCAUAAUGUUUAUUCUUUCAACAUCUUGAUUAAUUGCUUUUGUCGAUUAAGUCAAAUUGAUCUUGGGUUUUCAGUUCUGGGGAAGAUGCUGAAGUUAGGCGUUGAACCUGAUGUUGUAACUUUGUCCACAUUGAUUAAAGGACUUUGUAACCGAAGCAGGAUUUCUCAGGCUGUGAGUUUGUUUCAUGAAAUGAUCGAAAAAGGGUAUCAACCUGAUUCGAUUGCUUACAAUACAAUACUUAAUGGGCUGUGUAAGACUGGCAAUACCAUUCGAGCUGUUACGUUCCUAAGGAUGAUGGAAGAAAGAGGGUUGGACCCCAAUAUUAUAGCAUAUAGCACUGUCAUUGCCGGUCUUUGUAAGAACAGAUUACUAAAUGAGGCUCUUGAUCUCUUCUCCAAAAUGAAGGUUAAGGGUAUUAGACCAAAUAUUGUUAUUUACAAUUGCUUAAUACAUGGUAUGUGUAAUUCAGGCCGGAAGGAGGCAACAAGGCUUCUGAAUGAAAUGCUAAAGCAUGGCAUUGAGCCCGAUGUUUUCACAUAUAGUAUAUUGGUUGAUGCGCAUUCCAAGGUGGGGAUGGUGUCUGCAGCUGAAGAUAUUGUCGACAAAAUGAGAAAACAAGGCAUUGAGCCUGACGUUGUCGCAUAUAAUAUAUUGCUUGAUGCUUAUUGCAAGGAGGGGAAGAUCUCUAAAGCUGUAGGUACCAUUAUCACAAUGAGAAAGCAAGGCGUUGAGCCUGAUGUUGUGACGUACAAUAUAUUGAUCGAUGCACUUUGCAAGAAGGGGAUGGUUUGUGAAGCUGAAUAUAUUGCUGACUCAAUGAGAAAACAACGCAUUGAGCUUGAUGUUAUCACAUACAGAAUUCUUAUGCAAGGCAUGUGUCAAGUAGGCAGAGUUUCAACUGCAUGUGAACUUUUGAGAAAGAUGCAUGCUUCUGAACAAGCUCCAGAUCUAAGAGCCUAUUCAAUUUUGCUGGAUGGUUUAUGCAAAAGUGGCGAACUCAAAGAGGUAUUGAAGGUUUUUCAAGAAAUGCGGAAUAGUGGGUUGAAACUUGAUAUUGACUCUUAUAGUAUUGUAAUUGAUGUCUUCUGCAAAGCUGGGCAUAUUGAAGCCGCGAAGAUGUUAUUUCAGGAACUCUCAGUCAAUGAUUUAAAACCCAAUGUCUACACAUAUACUAUAAUGAUUGAUGGAUUCUGUAAUAAGGGACUGUUAGACGAAGCAUACCAAUUGUUUAGGAGCAUGGGAGAUAAUGAUUGUUUGCCUGGUAGCUGCUGUUAUAAUCUGAUGAUCCAGGGGUUUCUUCGGAACAAUUGCAUCUCAAAGGCAGUUCAACUUCUUAUGGAAAUGGCCAUUAAGGGAUUUUUUGCAGAUUUCUGCACUUCCACCUUAUUUGUGGAUCUCAUAUUACGAUCUAAUAAAUCAAUUUUGAUUUGAAAUGAAUGCUUCAUAGAUAGUGGAAAGAUUUCCAUUUGCAAAUGUGAAUCAAUUUGUCUAUAACCAAUUGUACUUUUGUGAUAAGUUAAAAGUUUAUUGAAACUACAACGAGUAUUAAGGUCUAUUUUCAGUUUAGUUAGUGGACUUUAAACAUUAAGGAAACAGAUAAAUGCUAUACACCAUGUUUCAAUUUUCACUAGUGAUCUUUUUGAGAAGAUUUUCUUCUGGUACCUCUGCACAAAGUGAGAAUCUUGUCGAUGGUAAAGUAGAAAAUAUGGUGUAUAACAUCUUUGAAAACCUAAAAAUUAAGGGGGGGAAUCGUGAAACUCUAUCUCCUCUGCAGCUCUAAUUGGAAGCUCCACCUUUCUUCAUUGUGAUGACUGUUUCCUGCCAAGCUGAGCUCAUAUUCAGCACCAAUGACAAUAUUGUGGGUAAAGCCUCAAUGCUCCACUGCAAAAGCUUGAAACAAGAUCAAAGCUUCACAUACAAAAGGCUGAAACACUUGCUGGUCUCAAUUGGCAACUCUAGGAAGUGCCUCUCUGUUUCUUUCUUUCCUU